GCAAAUGACAAUAGGCAUAUUUUUGUAGAGGUUGCACGUAACAGCUCCAAUAUGCUCAUGGUGGAAUAUAUAUACUAUGUGCACUCCAUGUACAAAUAUGAUGCACAAACACCAGUGGAUAUUGGAUUAUAUACUCUGGAAAAUGUAGGAUAUGCGCGUUGGACUGGAUUGUGAACCAGGAUAUAGUGGGGGAAUAUUGACCAGGUUAUAUUUAGGCGCGGGGAGUGGAUCUCUAAAAUUAGUAAGUUGAUUUGAUUAUGAUCUGGAGAUGAUUGAGAAUCGGAACGCCGUGAUUAAGAUAAAAAGCGAUCACCCCCUUUUUGAGGACGGAAGUAAAGUGAUGAAAUUGACCGAAGCCAAAGGACUACAAGGACUGCUUUAUGUUUUGAUGUGAAGUACACAACAUUUUACAUGUUUGAACGCGAUGGAUCGAAGCACCAUACAGGAUGUGUGAAGAAGAUUUUUUAGUAGUUUGGAAACAGGUUCAAGUUAAGAUGUGGACGGAAUUACCUUUUAACUAGCGAUAUUCGUCAAAGUGGACUGCACUAACUCAGGCCGGUGAAUCCCCUCUCUUGUUCGUUUCUUCGUGAUCCAUAGCUAGGCUUUAAGGAUAUGUACAUGUAAGAUCUCGAGUCGCUUUCUUCAAGUUAAAUAGCCCCUCGGUCAGACUUGCAGUUGUAAAUACUUCUUGACCAUACACGACUAGCUCGACAAUGACGAAUGCGAGCACGACCACGGAUAAUCCAUCAUCGCUGACCACGGAUAAUCCAGGAGUGUCGGCACCGGAUGAUCUCAUCUUCGGGAUAUGUGCGGUCAUUGCCAUCAUCAUUCUGUUCGGCAUCAUCCUAGUACUGGUCCUUCAUCUGUGGAGAAAUACGAGAAAACGACAGCAUCUGAUCUCGGGUAAAACUAAGGAUGAUCCUGAUACACUAGAGAUGACCAUGGCCAAAACGAAUACUGAUGCAGAGGCGAUGGCCAAUGGAAAUGGUUCCGCUUCCCACGGCAAUGGGGAGAGGGUUCUGAGCUAUUACCAUAAUUACGAGAAAAGUACACUGACUGGGGACUCCAAGCCCACUGGUAUGUCUCUGGAUGAAUUCACCGUUUAUGUUCACAAAAACAGACAGUCCUUAGAACUCAUCGAGGAAUUUGAGGCUCUCCCAGGUGUGAAUGCAGAAUUACAAACCUAUGCAAAAGAAGAAGAGAACAAACCAAAGAAUCGAUAUCGAAACAUUCUUCCAUAUAACAAUUCUCGUGUUGUGUUAGAAGUCAUAGACGAAGACCCAUAUUCAGACUACAUUAAUGCAUCCUAUAUAGACAGUUUUACCAAAGAAAAGGCGUACAUAGCUUCACAAGGUCCGAAGAAGAACACUAUCAAUGAUUUCUGGAGGAUGAUAUUGCAGGAAAACAUCAAAGUCAUUUCCAUGGUAACAAAACUUGAAGAAGGUCUUAAGGCAAAAUGUGAUUGCUACUGGCCAGACAUUGGAAAUGAUGCCAAAUAUGGUGACAUAUGCGUCAAAUCUAAGAAUAGAGAGGAAAGAGAUUUCGGAGUCAUCCGAAGCUUCAUUAUAUUCAAGGCUUAUGAAGAUAGAAGACAAGUAACCCACUUCCAAUUCACCAAGUGGCCCGAUAAAUCCGUUCCUAAGCAGACAUCACUCUUCUUGAGGUAUAUGCGAGAGGUGAAGAAUGCACAUCAACUGGACGAUUCAGCCCCUCUCCUAGUCCACUGCAGUGCUGGGAUAGGUCGUUCAGGUGUUCUCAUAGCCAUGGAUAGCGUGGUCGACCAGGCCAAUAAAACUGGUAAGGUGAAUGUCCAUGGAUUCGUUCAGGCGAUGCGAGACUGCAGACAAAAUAUGGUUCAAACAGAUGAGCAAUACGUCUUCCUGCACGAAGCGGUUCUCGAGUCUUUGGUUUGUGAGGAUACCCGGAUACCCGUCGAAGAAUUUGAUAUCCGACUUCAGAAGCUGACGCAACAACCAUCGGAAAGGGGUGAUACACUACUUGCUAAGGAAUUCAAGACGUUAUCCAAGAUUAGUCCGGAUCCGAAUCCACUUGCUAUCCGAACCGGUAGUAAACUCGAAUGUCGAAAGAAAAAUAGAGACAGCUCCAUAUUACCCAUUGAAAGAAAUCGUGCAAUGCUUCAAACCUGGUUCCCAAACGAACCUUGUGGAGACUAUAUCAACGCUAGCUUUGUCAAAUCACAAGGGAGCGAUACUUCACUGUACUACAUUGUAACGCAGAUGCCACUUCCAGAGACUGUUGUUAAUUUCUGGUGUCUUGUAUAUGACUACAAACCUACAACUAUCGUCAUGCUAAACCAACUCGACAAAACCGACUCGACGAUAGCUCAGUAUUGGCCUGACGGAGGUUCGGUCCAGUAUGGUCCGUUCACAAUCUCUACAACAUCGGUGGAAAAACACAUCGGUAUGAUCGUCAGGACGUUACAAGUUCAACUCACGGAAACACAGAAUGUGCGUGUAAUCCGUCAAUACCAGUUCCUUGGUUGGCCCGGUGAUAACAAGCUCUUGAAUGAUCAGAGCAAAGGACUAUUAAUACAACUCAUACAGGAUGUGUAUCAGUCAUCAUCAUCAUCACAAGAUGACAACCAUUCCAAAGUUUUGGUCCAUUGCAUGAAUGGGGCUGGUCGUAGCGGUGUAUUCUGUACUCUCAAGGCAUGCAUGGAUCAGGUCACCGAAGAGGGCGCUGUCGAUGUCUUUCAAACCGUCAAAACUCUUCGGGUGGAUAGGAUGAGGAUGGUCCAUACCGAGGAGCAGUACCUUCUCUGCUACGAAAUCAUCCAGGAGUUCCUCAAACAAAGAGAAGAAGGUGAUAAUACGGAGGACGAAGUUGAUAUCGGCGAGGUCGAUAGCGGUACUCAAACCGUCGACGAAAUGGAGCUGGAAACAGGGCACGUGUAUCAGAAUCGUGCAUUCAUUAAGGAUUGAUAUAGGGUAGCGAUCCACUCUCCUUCACCGUGAAGAGAAUUUCGGGGAGAAAUUAUUGUGAACAAUCUUUUAAACCUAUCACCUCUUCUUCAUUUCUGAUUGACUGGCAAGCACAUUUCCUCUGGUAACUGUUGGAUAGAACAUACUUUGUCGGAUAAGACACCCGAUAAGUUCUUUCACGAAACCUUCUCCAGGUCGUUCCAUCCAUGAAAAUAAUUGGUUUUAGAUUUUGGAACUUUCGAUUGAUAACAUUUUCUUCGUCCAACUGAAGAGAAGGGGCUGCAAAAAAAAAACCGACAAUAGACUACCAUUAUUGCAUAACAUUAGUACACGAGCCAUUACUUUCUCACGGCUAGACAUUGACCUUGGUGUUUGCAUUAAAUCUAU